UUUUGGUCGGUAAAUGAAAUAGCAAUAACUAUAAAAAAAUUGACACACAAUGACAAGUUUGAGGAGAAAAAUUCAAUAAUAUGAUUGAAAUUUGAUGUUGAUUGAAAAUUUGAAAUGGUUGAACGAAGAUACUAGGAAUUAUCUCUGCUUUGACUUGUUACAGAAGAAGAAGAAGAAAACAAGCGUCUCAUCAUCCAUUCCCAAUCAACUGACUUUCAGUUUCACAGCAACUUGGUUUAAGCUUUUAUAAUUGCAAUGGCAUUGGCUUGCAAUACCCUCCAAAGUGGCUCUUCAUCUAGGAUGAGAUGGAAAUAUGAUGUGUUUGUGAGCUUCAGAGGUGAAGACACUCGCAACAAUUUCACCGAUCAUGUUUUUGGCGCUCUUCAUAAAAAAGGUAUUAUUACCUUCAGGGAUGAUGCAAAGCUCAAGAAAGGGGAACAUAUAUCAUUUGAGCUUCUACAAGCCAUUGAAGGAUCCCAAAUUUUGAUUGUUAUUUUCUCAAGAAAUUAUGCUGCUUCCACGUGGUGCUUGCAAGAACUCGCUAAAAUUGCUGACUGCAUUCAUGUUCAAGGACAAUCUGUUUUACCUAUUUUCUUUGAUGUCAGCCCUUCUGAGGUACGAAAGCAAACCGGAGGUUACGAAAAAGCCUUUCAAGAGCAUGAAGAAAGAUUCAAAGCAAAUUUAGAGGAACUGCAAAAAUGGAGGAGAGCCCUAACACAAGUAGCCAAUCUCUCUGGUUGGGAUGUAAGGGAUAAGCCACAAUAUGCAGAGAUUGGAAAAAUUAUUAAAGAGGUAACAUGCUUGUUGGGAAAUAAAUCUUUAAAUUUACCUAGGGAUAUAGUUGGUAUGCACUCAAGAGUGGAAGAAUUAGAAAACCUUCUGAUUUUGGACUCAGAUGAUGAUGAUGUUCGAGUUGUAGGGAUUUGUGGAAUGGGUGGAAUAGGGAAGACAACUCUUGCUACUGCUUUGUAUGCUAGAAUCUCCAAUCAAUUUGAUGCUUGUUGCUUUAUUGAUGAUGUAAGUAAAAUUUAUGGAGAUCACGGCCCAAUUGGAGUACAAAAGCAACUUCUUUGUCAAACUCUAAAUGAAGAAAAUCUUCAUAUAUGCAAUCUUCCUAUGGCAUCUAAUUUGAUUCGAACUAGGCUAUGUCGAAUAAAAUCCCUUGUUGUUCUUGAUAAUGUUGAUGAAGUUGAACAACUGGAUAAAUUGGACAUGAAAAGAGAAUGGCUAGGCACAGGGAGUAGAAUAAUCAUAAUUUCUAGAAAUGAGCAUAUCUUGAGAGAGCAUGGAGUAGAUGAAGUAUAUAGAGUUCCACUUUUGGAUCGUAAAUAUGCCCUUCAAUUGUUUUGUAGGAAAGCUUUCAAAAGUGAUGAUAUCAUGAGCGGUUACAUCUACUUGACAUAUGAUGUGCUAAACUAUGCUCGUGGCCUUCCACUAGCGAUUAAAGUGUUGGGCUCGUUUCUGUAUGGCCGAGAUGUCUCUCAGUGGAGAAGUGUAUUGUCAAGAUUAAGAGAGAACCCAAGGACAGAUAUUAUCAAUGUACUCCGAAUUAGUUUUGAUGGACUAGAGGAUACGGAAAAGGAUAUAUUUCUAGAUAUUGCUUGUUUCUUUCAUGAAAAAGAUGAAACAUACGUGAAGAGAGUUUUAGAUUUUCGUGGAUUUCAUCCUGAAAUUGGUUUCAGAGUUCUCAUUGAUAAAUCGUUCAUAACAUGUGAGAAGCAGAAAAUUUGUAUGCAUGAUUUGUUCAGAGAAUUGGGAAAGAGUAUCGUUAGAGAAAAAUCACCCAAAGAACCAAGAAAGUGGAACAGGUUGUGGGACUACAAGGAUGUCCACAGUGUUAUCUCCGAAAACAUGGCAACAGAAAGCCUUGAAGCCAUAAUGUUGCAGCGUUGUCCAGAAAUCGACGGAGAAAUACAAGAGAUGACAACAUUGAGGGCUGAAGGUUUAGCACAAAUGAGACACCUUAAAUUGCUGAUGCUAUGGAAUUUGAAUUUCUCAGGAAGUCUCAAUUUUCUUUCAAGUGAAUUGGGGUAUCUUUGUUGGGGUAAAUACCCUUUCACUUGUUUGCCAUCAAGUUUUCAGCCAGAUAGACUUGUCGAACUGAUCCUACCUCAUAGCAACAUCGCACAACUAUGGGAGGGCACAAAGUUUCUACCUAGUUUGACACGUAUUGAUCUCUCUCACUCGAAAAAUCUUAUUAAGAUGCCAAAUUUUAAGGAGAUUCCAAAUCUUGAGUGCCUAGGUCUUGAAAGAUGUAUAAAACUAGUGAAGAUUGAUCCAUCCAUUGGUACCUUAAAAAGGCUUUCCAGAUUAGACUUGAAAAAUUGUACAAAUCUGGUCAGUAUUCCUAUCAACAUUUUUUGUCUGAGCUCUCUCAUAUUUCUAAGACUCUCAGGAUGUCCAAAUUUAUUUAAUAAAAAACGGUUAGAAAUACAAAAACAAAUAGACCAACAGGAGAUAAUUGAUAAUAAGGAAAGUACUACCCAAUACCAACCAACAUCUUUCAUCUACAAAUUUCUAAAGUCGCACUUUCGAUAUUUGAUUUUUGGAAAACCUGAAGAUUCAGUUGGUUUGUUGUUGCCUUCAUUGUCUCGUUUGUCAUGUUUGCAAUAUCUUAACCUGAGUUUCUGCAACCUUUUUCAAAUCCCUAAUGCAAUUGGGUUGUUACAUUGCUUGGAAAUUCUAUAUUUGGGGGGAAACAAUUUUGUGAUACUGCCUUCUAACAUCAAGGAACUUUCCAAACUUAGAAGACUAAACUUGCAGCACUGUAAGCAGCUGAAAUAUUUGCCUGAGCUCCCAUCAAAGAAUGUCUUGCCAAUAAGAAGAACAACACAUUUAAGAACUGUCGUUGAAUUUAAUAUCUUUGACUGCCCGAGUAUAAUUGAUAUGGAGUGCUGUUAUAGAAUGGCCUUUUCUUGGAUGAUACAAUUUCUUCAGAUGCACAUGCAAUCCGACAUCCCAGUCGAACAGAUUACAAUUGUUAUUCCAAAAACUGAAAUUCCAAUGUGGCUCGACAAACAAAAUGCAGGCAGUUCAAUAAGCAUCGAUCCAUCACCCAUUAUGCAUGACAAGAAUUGGAUAGGCGUUGUUUGCUACUUAACAUUUGUAGCACAUAAUAAUCCGACUACUUUAAGUAAAGAACAACCUCGUAUUUACUUUGGUUUUCAAAGUAAACAGCAUGGUCGUGGGAACUAUUCAAUUAUUCCCAUUCGUCUUGAAAAAGAUCUGGUCACAGUUGAUUUAGAUCACUUGUUGCUAAUUUUUUUCAGUAGGGAGGACUUUAUUGGUUAUUAUAUGAGCUAUCUAACAGAGGCGUUGCAUGAUAUUAGUAGUAUUGAAUUGAGAGCUAUUGUUAGGCAGCCCCUUGGAUUGCACUUGGAGGUCAAAAAUUGUGGUUAUCGUUGGAUAUAUAAAGAAGAUCUGGAACAAUUAAACCCACAAAUGAUGUACAAUGGAAAUUAAUGUGCAUUGUUAUAGUGAUAAUAAGAACAUGCUUGAUCAUUGAUUAUCUCUAACGAUAUAGUGCUAAUUGUGCAACCUUUUUGACAUCAUGCCUCUAAAGUCCCCUGUCACACUCCCUAUGACAUGGCUUUGUUACCAGCAUUAAGUAAUUUUAGUAAAAUGAAGUCUUACAAAAUUUAAGAGUUAGAGAUGAUGUUGCUUUAAAGAGAAAAAUACAUUGAACUCUUACAGUUUUUAAUGUUAGAUCUUGUUUGAUUUAGGAGUAGAGUAAUCUAUGCACAGUACCAUUGACCCGAAUAUUUUAAUUGCUACAUACUACAAAGAUGAAUAGAGUAUUUAUAUAGUAUGAAUCCAAAGCUAAUUAUCUUAACAAACUUUUUUAGUGGGGGAGAGUUGUAACACCCGUAUAAUUUUAAUUUUAAUUUAAUUUGAAUAUUAAAUUAAUAAUUAUUAUUAUUAUGGAUUUUAUGAAAAUAAUGGAAAAAAUAUGGUUGAUGGCAUUUGGGUCAUGUGAGAGAUUAGUAAGAAGAGGGGGUGUGGUGUAGUAAAGCCCUUACUAAUUUAAUAUUAUUUUUCAUAAAAUAAUUAGAAUUGGAAAAGAAAGAAUAGAACGUGAAAAGAGAGAAGUUGGAACACAAAGAACGUAGAAGAGGAACAAAGAGGAAGAGACCAAAGAGCAAGAAUUUGGCUAAGGUAAGGGGAAUUGGACUGUUACGAAAACUGCUGAAUUCUGGAUAUUUUCUGGUUUUUCGCGUAUGGAACAGUGUCAUACGCGUAUGGGAAGAGGUCAUACGAGUAUGAGGGACAUUCCCCAAGGGCUAUACGCGUAUGAUACGUUGCUGCCCUGUCCCAAAACACAUUGUACUGGCUGUUUGCGUAUGAGGAGCGUAUGAGGAUGCUCAUACGCGUAUGGAAUUUUUUAAAGAGGAAAUUGAUUCUAGUGAUACGCGUAUGGCAAGGUUGAUACGCGUAUGAGGUUGUUUUUAGGCCAUUUUGACUCUGAUGAAAUGCGUAUGGUACGCGUAUGAGGGAUGAUGAUACGCAUAUGGACUUGAUGAUACGCGUAUGGCUUCUGUAUGUGAAAUUUCUGUUUUGUGAUUUUUCUGGAAAGUUCAAUGAUGUGUAACUUUCGAUCUGUAGGCCUGUUUUGUAUGCUGUUUGAGACUGUGUAAACCUUGUGAUGUGAUUUUGUGGUUUACUGAUGAUUGAUUUUAUUGAAUGAUGUUAAUGUAUAUAUGAACAUGCUUAAUAAUGAUGAUGGUGAUGAAAUGAGUAUAGAUGAUACUACUCAUAGAGUGGAGAUGAUGAAAGUAUGUUAUAUAUAUGUUGCAUGCAUUCAUAAGCAUUGAAGAGGGUUGAAUCCUAGAUGAUGAGAGGAUUCAGUGAAUGGCAGAAUUCCCAUUGUGUGGAAUUUGUGCUGGCAGGGCCGUAUCUGGAUGAUGAUAGAUCGGUCGUUGGGUGAUUCCCAUUGAUGAUGAUUGGUACCACAUGCAUAGAGUCAGUUGCAUUCAUUUGCAUGGAAUUGAUAACAUGACUAUAUGUAUACUCUUGUAUUGUUUUGAGGGUAUAUGUGUGUAUGUUGAUGGACGAUCUGGAUAUAGAUGAGUUGGUUGAAUAAUAUAUUUGUUAAUGUACUGUUAUUUAUAAUGCAAUAAUA